AUGUUUUGUGAACCAGUGGGCGGAGCGAGGGGCGUGGCGCACACUGGGCGUGGUGACGGCAUCCUCUUUGUAACUCGUUUCUUGCUUAUAGCGCUGGACCCGCUGUGGAUCAGCCCCGACCACAAGUACAACCACCACGUCUUACAAAUAACCCAAGCGGUGGAUCGGACCGGGCGGAAGGUCCGCAAGCGGUGCGUCCACUGCUACGCCGGCCUGAAAAACGAAGGAAAAGGAAGCAGGGCGGCUCGGGACUUGUCGAAACGCGUGUCGACGUUCUUCUUGAUGAAUAAAGAGUGUCUGAUGCGCGCUUAUCCCUACAAGUGCACCAAGUGCCCCAACGCGUACAGGCACAAAGGGUCUCUGAGCAAACACAUCAAGUGGGAGUGUGGAGUCGAUAAACAGUUUCGGUGUUCGGUGUGCAACUACGCCUCCAAACACAAACACAACUAUUUAAGACACAUGAGAAAUAAAGUUUUUGGACCGCUGUGUGUUUUUGUGUCACCUUGUUCUGGUGCUUGUGGCAAACGGGACACUCUUCUAUCAUUGUGUUUUGUUUUAGAUCCACUAUUUGUGUCUACAGGUGACGAGAUCCUCAACCAAGGUCUCAACUUGCUCGAGCGCGUCCGACAAGAACGAGGAAAAAGCUUUUACAAGUGUGCUUUGUGCGAGUACAAUUCUCGAAGGAAGUACAACUACGUUAGACACAUGCUCACGAUUCAUAAGCUCGACAAGACGGCGUUACAAGUGCGGGAAAUGCGCAAAAUCCUACAGUGUUCGUUCUGCGAAGCGGCCUUCAAGGUUAAAUUUAACUACAUCAGGCAUGUAGUGUGUGUUCACAAGAUACCAAAGCACCAGAUUCAGUUUAAUACACGUAUCAGUUUGUCUCCCCGUUGUUGUGUGGUUGUGUGCGCCCUUUACACGUACCAGCCAGACCCAAUUCAUUCACAAUCCACUGUUUUAGCCCCCGAUGGACGCUACCGAUGCCCCAGGUGUCAAAACUCGUACAAAUACAAAACGUCCCUCACUAAACACUUAAAGUGGGAGUGUGGAAUCACUCGGCAUUUUCAGUGCACGUUGUGCAGACGCGCCUUUAAACAAAAGGCCCACUGCAAAACCCACCUGUUGACCGUGCACAAGAUAGAGUGGCCAAAAAUAAACCGCCCCCACAAGUGUCCGAAGUGUUGGCACUCGUACAAACACCGGACGUCUCUCAGGAAGCACAUGAAGUGGGAGUGCGGCAUGAGCCCGCAGUUCCAGUGCACGUUUUGCUCGUACGCGCCGAAGUAUAAAUACCACUUUAUCACCCAUCUGGUCACCGUGCAUAAACUGUCCAUAGCGGACCGACUUUCGUGUCCCACCCCGUACAAGUGUACAAACUGCGCCAACUCCUACCGGCAUGCCGCCAGUCUGCACAGACACGUGAAACACGAGUGUGGGAUACCGCCCCAAUUCCACUGCACCAAGUGCUCGUACGCAAUCCAGACAUUAGUAUUUGAACACUUGUUGGUGUCUUCUCCUCCUAACACUGUUUUCUUUCAGGUCGGUUCUUCUUCGAGACGCGCGAAUCCAACGGACCGCGCACCUUCCACUGCUCCCUGUGCGGCUACUCCUCAAGCUACAAGCAAAACCUCAUUCGCCACAUUGUACUUGUACACAAGAUCCCCAGACGCGACCUUAAAUAAAGUCUUCUUUCCAAACGCGUCUUUUUUUUGGGUGCUCACUUUAUACCGGCCCUACAAGUGCCCCACUUGCUCCAACAGAUACAUGCACAAAAGCUCGUUGAGCACGCACCGCAAGUGGGAGUGCGGGAUGUCGUCGCAGUUCAGAUGCCCUCAGUGCAGCUACGCCUCGAAGCACAAACACAACUACGCCAGACACAUGAUGGUCGUGCACAAAUUACCCAAGCACCAGAUCGUGGUACCGAAGAGUACGCGACACCCUGACGCGCCGAGUCAAGAGGAGCCCACAGUUCGUAUCAAAGCUUUAGACUCUAGCUACCCGACUUUUAUUACUGAAAGUGGGCGGCACGCUUGUGGGCGCUGCGGCUCGCACUACAAGCGCAAAGGCCACCUGCGACGCCACCUGAAGUACGAGUGCGGCGUCGAGCCCAAGUUUCAGUGCAAAGUGUGUCUGAAAAAGUUCAAGCAUAACUCGCACUUGCAGACGCAUUCGAUGCGCCACGGCCUGGGGACUAAACGGCAUACUGCGGAUUCGUCUGUACCCGAUUUUCCUGGUGUUCCCGGUGAGAUAGAGGUGCAAAACGUGGGGAGGGGGUACCCGAGGGUGACCUUUUCACUUUUCGGGGCCGACCUGCGUUUUUUGCACAAGUCGAUAAAAAUGAACUCGACCGGGCUAUACGUGUGUCCCAACUGCAAAAAAACCUACAAGUUCAAGUCGUCGGUCUACACCCACUUGCGGAACGACUGCGGCAAAGUGCCCCGGUACCACUGCUCGGUUUGCAACUUCUACUAUUACAGUAUGUUAGAUCCGGGCCCGUUUGUUUGUAGCAAUUGCGGAAGGUCUUACAAGCGUAAGAGCUCGCUGUACAACCACAGGAGGUGGGAGUGCGGGAAGGAGCCCCAGUUUAAGUGUUCGUACUGCCCGUACAAGGGCAAGCAGAAAAUACAUUUCGUCAUGCACGUGAUGGCCAAGCAUAAGGAGCACAAGCACGAGGUGCUGGGCGCGUCGUACAAUAAGUAG